AUAGUCCUCACAAAAUCUCCGGCGGUGACAAGAAUGGAAGAGAGCGAUGAGUUUUACCUGAGGUACUACGUGGGUCACAAGGGAAAAUUCGGGCACGAGUUUCUGGAGUUUGAAUUCCGACCCGACGGCAAGCUCCGCUAUGCCAACAACUCCAACUACAAGAACGACACCAUGAUUCGUAAGGAAGUCUUCCUCACCCCUGCCGUUCUCAAAGAAUGCCGCCGCAUCGUCGCCGAUAGCGAGAUCAUGAAGGAAGAUGACAACAAUUGGCCAGAACCAGACCGUGUGGGGCGACAAGAGCUUGAGAUUGUGAUGGGGAAUGAGCACAUAUCUUUUACUACGUCUAAGAUUGGUUCUCUGAUGGACGUGCAGACCAGUAAAGAUCCAGAAGGACUUCGCAUCUUUUAUUAUCUUGUUCAGGAUCUGAAGUGUUUUGUGUUCUCGCUGAUCUCCCUCCACUUCAAAAUCAAACCAAUAUAAAAUUGGUCUCAUCGGGUGCUAAAACGAGGCUUUUUUUGUUUGGCUUUCUACUUCCAGCUUGCAUUGAGAAGACUGGAUUGUUAUUGUGCACUUUGUUUUGGCAGCAUAUUUUCUUCUAGACUCUGUCUAGCUUGUAAUCAAAUAUGUUUUCCAACUUGCUUUCAUUUUCACAAGUGAUGUCUUUAACUAUCCCUAACUCCGACACAGUUCUUUGACAUGGUAUUUACUAUUUUAGCCAUGAAUUUGAUGGAUUUCAAGUAUUGCAAUUUCUUUUUC